CAUUUCAAAAUAUAGUACACUCUUACAUUUGACUUAAACGUGUCAACCGAACUAAUGACCCAAAUGUCCAUGAAAGAUGGCGAGAGAUGAGGAAUCAGAGCACUGUGCUUUGGUUUUGGUACAAGCACAUCAAUGCUUCCAUUCUAGAGAGAGAAAAAAAGACAGAGGAGAGAGAGAGAGAGGUGUUCAAGUACUGUCACUCUAACAACGAUGAGCCCCUCCCUGCAAAGCAAAUCUCACCAAAGCACACACAAUGGCAGCACCACCGCAGCAACCACCUCCUUCAAUCCCUCUGAGAAAACCCUUGAUUAGGGUUUUUCUCAUCACCAUCCUCUGCUCACUCUCCUACACUCUGGGCUUCUACAAAAACAAUUCCUUCAAUCCAACCUCCACACACUCCCUCCAAGUCCCAAACUGUCUCCAACCCCAAAACCUCACAACACACCAAAACCCUCCUCAGACCCUCCAUUUUGAACCCCACCACACUCUCUCUCUCCCACCAGAACCCCCCAAAACCAUCCAAUUCUUCCCAUAUUGCCCCAAGAACUUCACAGACUACUGCCCCUGUCAAGACCCAAAAAAGGAAACUUUGUUCGUAACUGAAAAUCGCUUCCACAGGGAGCGGCACUGCCCGGACGCCGCGGAGGGGCUCCGGUGUUUGGUCCCGAGGCCGGUCGGGUACCGGAGGCCAGUUCCAUGGCCGAAGAGCAGAGACUAUGCUUGGUUCAACAAUGUACCCUUUAAAAGACUCACUGUGUCAAAGAAAGCCCAGAAUUGGGUUCGAUUGGAGGGCGACCGGCUAGUUUUUCCGGGCGGUGGCACUUCAUUUACGACGGGGAUUAAGGGUUAUAUUGACGAAUUGAAGAGGGUUGUGCCAUUGAAGUCAGGGGAGAUAAGGACAGUCCUUGAUGUUGGUUGUGGGGUUGCAAGCUUUGGGGCCUCGCUCAUAGAUUAUAACAUUUUGACAAUGUCUGUAGCACCGAGAGAUAUUCAUGAGGCUCAAGUGCAGUUUGCCUUGGAAAGAGGACUUCCUGCAAUGCUUGGUGUACUUAGCACCUACAGGUUACCAUACCCAUCGAGAUCUUUUGACAUGGCUCACUGUUCACGAUGCCUUGUACAAUGGAUUGGUGACGGUGGACUAUAUCUGAUGGAAAUUGAUCGUAUUUUGCGCCCUGGUGGCUAUUGGGUAUUGUCUGGGCCACCUAUAAAUUGGAAGGUAAACUACAAGGGCUGGGAGAGAACGGUGCAAGACCUACAAAAAGAGCAAAAUAGUUUGGAAGAUCUUGCUAGGCGACUCUGCUGGAAGAAGAUUAAAGAAAGGGGAGCAAUUGCAGUAUGGCAAAAGCCUACUAAUCACAUUCACUGCAGCCAAAAGUUAAAGACUUGGAAAUCUCCCCAUUUUUGUGCUAAUACUGAUCCUGAUGCCGGUUGGUACAAGAACAUGGAUGUCUGUAUUACUCCUCUUCCAAUGGUGACAGCUAUCCAUGAUACCGCUGGGGGUGCUCUUGAAAAAUGGCCUCAAAGGUUGACGACUGUUCCACCUAGAAUUAGAAGCGGCAUGGUGGAAGGGACUACUGUCAAGACCUUUAAUGAAGAUAAUCAAUUAUGGAAAAGGAGAGUUCUGUACUAUGGAAGUAUUCUCAAAUCUCUCUUUGCUGGUAGAUAUAGAAAUAUUAUGGACAUGAAUGCUGGCUUAGGGGGUUUUUCAGCUGCACUUUCCAAGUACCCAGUUUGGGUUAUGAAUGUGGUUCCUUUUGAUGGAAAUAACAAUACCCUUGGUGUGAUCUAUGAACGUGGCCUUCUUGGAACUUACAUGAACUGGUGUGAGCCCUUCUCAACAUACCCUCGAACAUAUGAUUUGAUACAUGCUGAUGGUUUAUUUAGUAUGUACAUGAACAAGUGUGACAUUACUGGAAUUCUUUUUGAAAUAUAUCGGAUUCUUCGCCCUGAAGGGGCCGUUGUAAUAAGAGAUCAUGUUGAUGUCAUUGUGAAAGUAAAAAGCAUCACGGACCGGAUGAGGUGGAAUGGCCAAGUUACACACAGUCUGCGUGGCCCUUUCCAUCCGGAGAAGAUACUCUUCAUUGACAACUCCAAAUGAGCUCAAUUUCACCGACUACUGCUACAAGUUAAGUCUCUGGCUACGCACUUCCAGUGGCUCGUAGCAUCUACGAAGAUAAUGUCGUGGUCAAAUAUCAAUCAUGGUUUGGGCGAGGCUAGAAUGGCGAUGCCUCUAUUCUUCCACGAGCUUGCUGUUUAAUCUGGUGUACUUUAUAUGAUAUACAUGCUUAAUUAUAGGACCUGUGGGUUACAUGUGAAGCUUUUGUACAUUUAUAUGGAAUACUAUAUAAAUGUAUUUAGCAAGGAAAUCAUGUCAAUAAUAGAGUUUACUCGUUGAUUUAUAUUUCCCUUAAA